CGUUUUAUGCCGAGUAGCAUUGAUAGUAUGUAUGUAGUUACUUAGUCGUAGUCAUCCGGUGUUCGUUUAUGGUUCGAGAUUCGCGAUUAAAAAUUUGUUUAUUCUCGUUGGACGUACGUAUUUUCGUUAAUUAACGAGUUGGUCGUUCUCGUUAUGCUUACUUACUCUUACAAUUAGUUGAAUGCAUUUUACAAUAUUCGCAAGAUAGGUACUUAGACCUUUCACCUUUCUACCUAACUAACGGAAAUAUUUCCUUGAAAUUCGGUUAUAAGACGCUGUUGUACUCGUAGCUGUCGUGCAAAAAUGAAUGAAUCUAGUUCUGCUGGUCAAGAUUCCUCACCCAACGGUGAAGGAGAUGGGCUAAAAACAAAUGAAACAUCUCCAAAACCAGAAUAUCAAAAGAAUUGGAAUAAAAAUGCAUUCAAGACGAAUUUGAACAUGAUAUUAAAGAAAAUACCUGAAAUUAGUAGUGAGCAGUUGACUCAAAUCAAAGAAGAAUUAUUGGAAUUGAUGGAAAAAACGUAUGAAACUGCAAUUUUUGAAUUGAGGGAAAAAAAUCGUGGAUUGAAGAAGGAGUUGACGCAGCAAAAGGAUUCUGUACAUGAUUUAUUUAGUGAGCUAUUAAAACUGGAAAAUCGCAGAACUGAUUUUUGGAAGACAGGCGAAAGAUUCAGGAAAAAUAACGAAGAAUUAACAGAUCGUAUAAGACAGCUUGAAGACUCCUCAUCUGAUUUAAAAAAUCGGUUGCGAGAAUCUAACGAAGAAUUGCAACAGCUAAAAGAAACAAACGAUUUUGUAAUUUUGGAACGCGAUGAAUUGAGGGGAAACAACAAUCAAUUAAUGUAUCAUGUACAACAGCUCGAGAAUUCCGAAUCCGAAUUAAAGAAGAAAUUAAUGGACCUUGGUGGACAAUUACAAGUUAUCAAAGAUAAAUAUGAACCUCUGGUUUUAGAUUGCGCUGAGUUAAGGGUGGAAAAUGACAAAUUCAAGGAUCAGGUAGAACAGCUUCAAAAUUCCAAAUCUAAUUUAACGAGUCAAUUAUCAGAGAAAGCAGAAGAAUUGCGAGUCUUGAAAAAUGACCACGAUACUGCUGUUCAGAAAUGUGAGGAAUUCAGGGGAGAAAACGAGGAAUUAAUGAAUCAUGUACAAGAGCUCGAGGAUUCCAAGAACGUUUUAAAUAAGAAGUUGAUAAAAAGUUAUGCAGAAUUACUAGAAUUGAAAAACAAAAACGAAUCUAUAGUUUUUGAAUGUGAUGAAUUGAAGAAGCAAAAUGGUGAAUUCAAGCUUCAAGUAGAACAGCUUCAGAACUCUGUAACCCAGUUAUCAAGUCAAUUGGAAACAAUUACCGAAGAAUUGAGAAUCGAGCAAAAUGACCAUCAGACAGCAGUUUCGAAAUCAAAAGAAUACAGCGAAAAAAUCGCUGAGUUAAUGGAUCAUGUACAACAACUUGAGAAUUCGAAAUCUAAUUUAACAGAUCAAUUGGCGGAAUUGCAUGAAAAUUAUAAAACCGUAAUUUCGAUAUGCGAAGAAUUAAGGAGGGAAAAUAUCGAAUCCAAGGAUCAGGCAGAGCAGCUCCGGAAUUCUGAAUCUAAUUUAUUAAGUCAGUUAAAAAGAAUUAAUGAAGAAUUGCGAGCCAAAGAUAAUCACUAUAGAACUUUAUGGGCUACGAACGAGCAACUAAAGAAUCAAGUUGAUCACUUACAAAACGUCGAAUCAUGUUUAAGAAAGGAAUUGUCAGAGCAGAGAGAAAAAUAUACAAAAGAAAUAUCGUCGCUUAAAGAAGAAUCGCAGAUAAGAAUCGAUGAUUUGGAGUGUACGGUUGAACAAUAUAUUCAAAUUGAGGCAGAUUUGAGAAAUGAAAUGGAGGCAAAAACGAUAAAAUUACUAAACAGUAUAACAGGAAUAGAGAAUCACUCACGACUGAAUACAGAUUUGGCAAAUCAUUUCAUAAAUGAAUCGAUGUCAAAAGAUGAAAAUUUGCAGGAUGCGGAAAACAAGUAUAAAAUUGCGUCAAUGGCGAUUGAAAAAUCGAGACUUGAAGUCGAAUCUCUGUCAAAUGAGUUGAAGAAAUGUCAAGCUAAAUUUGAUUUUGAGCACCAGAGGAAUAGCACACUGAAAAAAGCGAAUGAAAGAUCAGAACAAAUCUUACAAGAAAAGAUUGCGAAAUUGAAAAGUGAACUAGACGCCGAACGAGUGAAAAACGAUGCAAUUAUGACAGAAAAUAAAAAAUUGAGGUGAGAAAAAGAAAUACGUCAACGCAAUAGAGUUCUCAGAGUAGACUCCUGGGAUGAUUUUAUUGGAUUGACGAAUGAAUUGAGUAUGAUUAGGCCUGUUGAAGAACAGAUGAAUUCAACAAUUUGAUGAUAAGGUCAAAAAUUUCAAGAAAAUGAUCGAGUUGGUAUUUUUUGAGCUUCAGUACACUUAUAUCGAUUUUCUUCAAUUGGUGAGCUCAUGGAAGUUGAAAACAAGCUCAAGCAUUAUUCUUUUAUCAGGUUAAAUUAUUUUAUUUAAGAAAUUAUGAUACUUAAACAUAUACCUAGACCUACCACAUUGCCUGCGUUAAAUAACUAUUUUUUUUAAUUUAUACUAUUUUUUGAUUUUUAAAUUUUUUAUAUUUACUUACUUAUAGUGCCAUACAUAGCAUAGGUACCUACCUAGGUAGGUACCUAAUAAUAAAUGUUAUUCAAUU